AUGAUAACUGUCUUCUGUAUGAACAUUCAAGACAAUCUGUUUAGCGGCCUUCUUCCACAGCAUUUUCAGUCCAUACCAAACUUAUGGAUUGGAGGGAAUAAGUUCCAAACCGUGGACAACUCUCCUCCCUGGGCAUUUCCCUUGGACAACGUACCCCUUGAGCACAAUACUAGUCGCCCACCCAUAACUCAGGCAAAUGCCAUCGAGAACUACGCUCCUAUUAGGGUAAGGAAACAAAAGAAGAAACAUAUCAGUCCCGGAGGAAUAGCUUUUGUGGUCGGUACAGGAACUUUAUUGGCAACCGGUUUCGCUCUCUUCAUUGCGAUCCGUUUGAAUAAGCUUUAUACAAAGAGACUGGAGAACUAUGAAAGCGACCACAGUGCAUUGCCUUCUUGUCCAAUCAGUGCGACCAAAGAAGAUUCUACUACGGCAAUAGACGAGAGCCUACAAAUCCCACCUUAUAAUGCUGCAUCCAUUUUGGGUCCAAGGCGAUUAACUUCCCAACCCCAUAAAAGAACUGGGGAAAUAUCAAGAAAAAGCUUUUCCGGAAGAGACAGAUUCAAUGGAAGGAUAAAGGUUUAUACAGUAGCGGAGGUUCAGUUGGUUACAAACAGUUUCCAUGAAGACAACCUUCUGGGAGAAGGAUCGCUUGGUCCUGUUUAUAGAGCUGAAUUUCCAAAUAACAAGGUUUUAGCUGUGAAGAAUAUCAACAUGGCGGGCAUGUCUUUCAGUGAAGAGGAAAAGUUCUUAGAUGUCGUGAGCACGGCUUCCCGUUUGAAGCACCCUAACAUUGUUUCACUUAAAGGCUACUGUUUGGAGCAUGGACAACAUCUUCUUGUCUUUGAGUAUGUCAGAAAUUUAACUCUAGAUGAUGCUCUUCAUAGUACAGCAUACAAACCUUUAUCGUGGGGCACACGUCUCCGGAUCGCUCUAGGUGUUGGUCAGGCCCUGGACUAUUUGCACUCGACGUUCUCCCCUCCUGUCGCCCAUGGCAAAUUAAAGGCUACCAAUGUUCUACUGGACGAAAACCUCAUGCCUUGUGUAACUGACUGUGGCUUGGCUAUUCUGAGACCACUGACAAGCAAUAAAGCCAAAAACCGGGCUUCCGAGAUUGAUAUUAGAGAUACAGGAUACAGUUCACCUGACCAUGGCCAACCAGGAGUUGGCAGCACGAAGAGCGACAUCUUUGCCUUUGGCGUGUUGCUUCUUGAACUAUUAACAGGAAGAAAACCUUUCGAUGGUUCCAGGCCAAGGGAAGAGCACUAUCUGGCAAAGUGGGCUUCAUCAAGGCUUCAUGAUAGUGACAGUUUGGAACAGAUGGUGGAUCCAGCAAUCAAACGGACAUUUUCAUCCAAGGCUCUUUCUCGUUAUGCUGAUAUCGUCUCCCUCUGCCUUCAGUGGUUGGAGGUGGUUGUAGAGGAUAAUGGAUUGUCAAUUAAUCAUGACUCUAUAGAUAUACCCGUGAAGCAAUUUCGACCUCCAAUGUCUGAAAUCGUGGACAAUCUUGUAUCAUUUUCUCAAAAGCUUGUUUCAGAGAGUGGUGAAGCAGAUGAAACUGAACUUGAUCCACUUGACAUGUCUUUUCACACAACUAUCUCCCGCUUUAACGGUUCACCUGCUCUGAGCUAUGUAUCCGCCUGA